AUGUUGUACCUGGUCUCGGUCUGGACCUCACCUGGACCGACCUGUGGCUCCUUCAGUCGGCUGUGGGUGUCUCUGAUUGGCUCAGAGGGAGAGACUCCGCCCACCUGUGUCACCCACGGCGACCAGCGCCUGCUCCCGGGAUCCGUGUGCUCUGUGGUGGUCCCCGCGGUCUCUCCUCUGGGCCCUGUCCUCCUGCUCCGUCUCAGACUGGACUCUCAGGCUGGACUCCCUGAUCUGGACUGGCACUGCGAGCGGGCGGAGCUUCAGCCGAGGUACUCACCUGAGGGGGAGGAGCCACAGGUGUUCCUCUGUCACAGGUGGAUCCGCAGCAGCGACGGAGACGUGGAGAUACGCUCAGAACAAAUGUGUCUGCUGAGGGAAGAGACCGAGGAGAGACUGAAGCUGCACCGACUCAGAGAACUGCAGCGGCAACAGGAACGCUUCAGGUGGCGUGUGUUUGUGGAGGGCGCUCCUCAGUGUUUGGACAUCAGCAGUCUCUCAGAACUGGGCCCCGAGCUGAGCCACUCCCGCAAGAGUCCGGGGGUGGUCCUGGAGUACCUCAGGGGGUUCUCAGACCGGGCUGAGUCCUGGUCCAGUUUCUCUGAGCUGGAGACUGUGUUUGCCCUGAACGCCCACGGCAACCGCACCGCCAAGCUGGUUCAGACUCACUGGAGAGACGACUGGUUCUUUGGGCUCCAGACUCAGAUUGGUCCAAAUCCUUUGGCCCUGAAACGAAUCUGGACCCUCCCCCACAACCUGUCAAUCACUAGUGACAUGCUCCGCCCCUUCCUCCCUGCAGGCUCCUCCCUCCAGCAGGAGCUCCAGAGUGGGCGUCUUUACCUCUUGGACUACUCGGUGCUGGAGGGAGUUCCGUCCAAUCAGAUCAAUGGGAAGCCGUCGCACCUGAGCGCUCCAAUGUGUCUGCUGCACCUGAGCCCACAGGGGGCGCUGCUGCCCAUCGCCAUACAGCUGCAGCAGACCCCUGGGCCCCUGACCCCGGUCUUCGUGCCCUCUGACCCCUGCUGUGAUUGGCUGAUGGCGAAGCUGUGGCUGCGUCUGGCCGAUUUCCAGGUGCAUCAGCUCGACUCGCACUUCCUGCGCACGCACAUGAUCUCUGAGCUGUGCGCCGUCGCCACCCUCAGGCAGCUGCCGGCAGUGCACCCUUUACACCAGCUGCUCAUGUCUCACGUUCGGACGUCGCUGCAGAUCAACCUCCAGGCUCGAACUGUUCUCCUGAACUCAGGAGGAGUCUUUGACAAGGCCGUGGGCUGUGGCCUGGAUGCCCUCCCGCUGGUCCUGUCCCGGUCGUCCCAUCGUCUCUCGUACAGUUCGUUGUGUGUCCCACAGGACGUGGAGCAGCGCGGCCUCAACGACCUGCCCCAGUGUCUGUACGGCCAGGACGCCCCCCGAGUGUGGAGCGCCCUCCUCAGGUUUGUGAUUGGUUGGCUGGACCUGUGUUACCGUGGAGACGAGGACGUGGAGCAGGACUCGGAGCUGCAGAGCUGGAUCAGAGAUAUCUACGAACACGGACUCCCCCCGGAGAGCGGUUUCCCUCAGCGUUUCCUGUCCAAGGCCGAGCUGUCGGAGUUUGUUACCAUGGUGAUAUUCAGCAGCUCCGCCCUCCAUGCCGCCGUCAACUUCUCCCAGCUGGACUUCGCUCUGUGGAUCCCGAACACUCCUCCCUGUUUGCUGCGCCCGCCGCCGCAGGUCAAAGGUCAGCUGACGGAGGAGGACUUCCUGUCGUUUCUGCCGGACGUGAACACGAGCAUGCGCCUCCUGACCAGCCUCGCCCUGCUCUCCGCCCCCGGCGCAGACUACGCGCCUCUGUGCAGAUACAGGGAGCCGCUCUUCCACUCCGGCGCCCCCCGCAGGCUGAUGGAGGAGGUGCAGGACGAGCUCAGGUCCAUUUCUGAUGACAUCACGCACCGCAACGCCAAGCUGACGGCCGCUUCUGAUGACGUCACUCGGAGCGCCGUGUUUCCGUACAGUUACCUGGACCCCGAGCGCAUCGAGAACAGUGUGGCCAUAUGA